CCAUGGUCCAAUCCGGUAUGGCAGUCUGUGACACACGUUCUUAGCGAACCUUGGGCGUACGACCAUGGCGAUGAUGCAACUGCUCUGGCCAAAUAUCAUGAUGUUACUGGAUGGACCGUGGGCAAGGCUCAGGCAGUUGAAGCUUUCAUCAACAACUGCAAAAUGGCUGAGGAACCUGCUGAACACUACGGUCUAAAACGACAAGAUAAUGACCAUGAAGGUCGUUGUUUAUGGAACACCUGGGUUAAGACUUCGUGGGCCAAAUGGAAUAUCAACAAAUUGGUCAAUGACAUCUUUGAAGACAGCGGUUGCGCGCCGCACAAUGUCAUGGCCAGGUUGAAUUGCAGGACUGCAGAUGAUUUUCCGACGAUGGAAGCUGCGCAGGUGAAACAGAUCGUCUCCAUCAAGCUGGCUGAUGUGUUGUUUGGUGACGAUGCAUUCACCGACGGAUCCUUCCUUAUAGCGCCCAUCAUGACAGCGGGAGCUAACCUUCGGGCAGUCAUCACGGCCGCAAAUGCAAAACCCACGAUGGCCAGCAUCCGCACCUACAUGAAGAAAUUGGAGACCUUGUUCACCCUUCUUAGCGUGUUCAAAGACCAGGAGACGAGUAAGAACCUUGAUGCGCGUCGUGAACAGGUGAAUGCGAUGCUGGCUGCUGCCAAGAAAGAUCCCGCCAAAGCAGAAUUAAUAGCACGGCUUCCUAAAUCUCUACGGGAUGCGCUUGACAAGCUGGCCACUGAACGAGAAGUCAAGGAGCUCGAACUUCUGAUCGAGACCACACUUGCUGCAAUGGUGCCGCUUGAUGGCGAUGAGGUUGUGGUAGACUUCACAGAGAAUAUGGAUGUGAGUGACUGGAAGAGUGGAGUAGAGGAAUAUGACAAGUGCAGCGAGGAUGAUCUUUGGGAAUACCUAGGCCUGCCGGAGAAGAGACUACCUUUUUUCCAGACGCGAUCUGACCCUGACGCCGCCAUUGACCCGUGGAGUGAAGAAGGUCAGCGAUGGCUUGAUGAUCCGACGAGUCUGGCACAGAGCUUGACGCCUCGGUGGCACCAGCUAGUUGGCAUCCUGAGGCUAAUUGACAGGUUUUUGGACGGUAAGCCGGUGAUGCUGAUGGAUGGCGUUGGGGUUGGAAAAACCAUGCAGGCUGUUGGUUUGAUUGCGUGCCUUGCACACUACAAGGAGCAUUACAGGAAACACGGGAAGUUUCCUGGCAAAUUUUGUAAGCAAUCUACAGGUGGCAACAUUCCAGACUUACCAACCGUCAUCAUGAGUCCUCCUAACCUACAACAUCAGUGGAUGAGCGAAAUACAGCGGUAUCUAAGGCGAGCGACGUUUGACGUUCUUCCUUACGCGGGCAAAUAUACCGCACGUUCACAGUGGUGGACAAUGGCUUGGAGUAAAUGCCAGCAGCCUUCGAUACGGCGCAUCAUUUUGGCCACGACAAAUGCAGCGCAUGAUGAUGCAGUCACCGUAUUCAUCGAUGGCGAGAGGGACAGUUACGGGCAGCCGGUAGCUAGCCCUCGCUUUGAACGAACUGCCCCAAGUACCCUCUUCGGUCGUGGAUAUAACGUGACGUUUUUCGAUGAAGCUCACUGCGCAAGGAAAUACAAUAAAGUACACAUAGCAGCUCGAGGGCUUCAGGAGAGAUCUCACUUAAUGGUUGCAAUGACUGCAACACCGGUCACCACAAAACCCACGGCGGGAGUUGAUGGAUCAAUGCUGCGAGGCGUUUUUGUCGGCAGCCAUAAUCCGGAGGCUGCUCAAGAAGAAUACCUACCUGCGAUGAAACAAUGGAUGGGGCGUAUGAGAGAGUGGUUCUCCCCUGCUGUCAUCCUUCGUACCCUAGAUUCCACUGACAGUACGGGCAGUAAGAUCCUGGGCCUCCCUCCCUAUCAUGACCAUAGCUUAAAAAUAAAGCUGCUUGACUGGGAGAUGGAGAAUUUGAGGAAUAUUGCACGGGGAUAUAUCGAUGACUGUCCC